GGACGGUAGAAAGGUGGUUCAUGGCACUAGACGUUUGUGGAGAGGGAAGCCCAUUACAGUCUGGGCUCGGUGAUUAGUGGAGUACUGCAGUGUGUGAUUCAUACAUUUGUGACAGUUUUGGUCUCGUGUAACUCUCUCGAAGCGGCAAUGUGUUUAUGCUGAUGAAAAGUGCCAGUUGGGCUCUUUAUGCUGGAGUUGGGUUUUUGUUUGUGUAACCAUCAAGCAUGAAGUGGAAUUUGUUUAAGAAGAAGCCCGAGGCCAUGGUGGGGCCUGAGCCAACAGGAGCCAGCGCUUUGACCGUAGCCCCCGCCGUCUCCACACCUGCAGACAACUCCACCGAACAGCAGGGCCACGUCACCAAGAAUGACGUCUUUGGUGACAUCAAAAACAAGUUUCUCAAUGAGAUGGACAAGCUGCCAUUGCCUUCCUGGGCCAUAAUUGCCAUCGCUAUCGUGGCAGUGGUGCUCAUCCUCACCUGCUGUUUCUGCGUCGUUAAAAAGACCUGCCUUAAGAAGAAAAAAGGCAAGAAGGGAAAGAAAGGCAAGGGAGACAUGGGAAUGAAGAACAUGAAGGGAGGAGAGAAACAGGAAGAGGAUGAUGAUGAAGAAGAUAUAGACAUGGGAAUCGCUGAAGAGCAAGAGGAAGAACCCAAAGAAAAGGAGAAGCUCGGAAAACUGCAGUUUUCCUUGGAUUAUGACUUCGCUGACAGCAAGCUGACGGUGGGCAUCCUGCAAGCUGCAGAUCUUCUCUCUAUGGACAGUGGAGGCACCUCUGACCCGUACGUCAAAGUUUUCAUUCUCCCAGACAAGAAGAAGAAGUAUGACACCAAGGUGCACAAGAAAACCCUUAACCCCGUCUUCAACGAGACUUUCAACUUCAAGAUUCCAUUCAAUGAAAUGGGUGGGAAGACUCUGGUCAUGUCCGUGUACGACUUUGACCGUUUCUCGAAACAUGACGUUAUCGGUGAGGUGAAGAUUCCCAUGAACACGCUGGACCUUGCACAGCCCAUCGAGCAAUGGAGAGACCUGGACAGUGCUGAGAAAGAAGAGCCUGAAAAGCUUGGAGAUAUCUGCAUCUCUCUGCGUUACGUACCGACAGCUGGAAAACUCACUAUCUGCAUCCUGGAAGCUAAGAACCUGAAAAAGAUGGAUGUUGGAGGACUCUCAGAUCCCUAUGUGAAGAUUCACCUUCUACAAAACGGAAAGCGUCUGAAGAAGAAGAAGACCACGGUGAAGAAGAACACACUGAAUCCCUACUACAACGAAUCCUUCAGCUUUGAGAUCCCGCAGGAUCAGAUGCAGAAAAUCCAAGCCGUGGUCACAGUGCUCGACUACGACAAGAUCGGAAAGAAUGACGCGAUCGGGAAGAUCUGGGUUGGCAGCAAAGCACAGGGCACCGAGCUGAGACACUGGUCCGACAUGCUGGCGAACCCCCGUCGGCCCAUCGCCCAAUGGCAUCCGCUCAAACCCGAGGAGGAGGUGGAUGCGACGUUAGCAGCCCUCACUGCCAAGAAGUAAUCCUGCCACUUCCCCUCUUCUUUCCUCCUUUGCCCUCUCUACCACUUUCCCUUUCUUUCAUUCACUUGCACAACACAUCAUCUUAACCAAUCAGCACUGAAUUACAGCCGUGGCCAUCAGACUAGAGACAAGAAGAACACGAUUCGCUCUCGUCGGCUACUACAAAUUGAGAUAGCGGCGGAUCAGGGUUGCGUUUGAUCUAAUGGGGAACCUGAAGACAGACUGUUUUAACUUCUAUCGAGGAGUAAAGGGGGAGAUCAUAUUUCAGCACAUUUCCAAGCAUUCAACUGAUCAACAGCAUUCCAGAUGUUUUGCAUCAGUGACCAGGGAUAGAAAACACUGCCUAAUUUUAACACAUUUCUUCUAGAUUCUCUGGUCAUCUUGAUCUAUAAGUUCUGUUACGUUUGCCGAGUCUGAAAGGACAGUAAUGAUUCAUCAUUGUGAAUAUGAAAAAAAAAAAUGUAGGGAAUGGUUGGACUAGAUGUUCCAGCUAGAAGGAAUUUUUCAGGUGUCGUCGAAUACACUGCCUGCGAACAACCUUUUCUUCCAUCCUUCAGUUCGAACGGUCAGUCGGAUCCCACCGCUGCCCGACGUCCUAACAAAACCCUGACAAAAAGGAGACAAGCCUUCAAACAUCACGAUAAAAGCAAUUCUUAGCCGCCAGGGACGUCUUCCUGUUAGCAUCGGUGUUUUUAUCCUUUGCUUCGGUUCGUUGUGUUAAAUGUUUUCUGCCUGAGCACUUUAAACUGAAGUGUGUUUUCGUUCGAUUGUAUUUUUACUUGCUUUGUUUUGAUUCAUGUCCUGGACCAAUUUAUAAAUUCACACCACUUUGUUUUGGUUUACACCAGAAGUUAAUAUGGUUUGAGAAGUGACGUUAUGACAGAGGGCGAUGUUACGCGUGUAUUUACUACACAAAUUACCAAACCGCUGAACUUAUUUGCACUACUGGAUGUUGCUCCGUCAAUUUCAGUCUGUACUUUUUUGAUGGUGCAUUCUUGAUUCGAGUCGCAUUGGAAAAAGGGAACUUGUAUCAUCUGAAUCAGCUGCUGACAGUGGCAGUAAUUGUUGUGAGAAUGUAAAUAUCAUUUAGCUGAUGAACGACACCGAACUACACAGUAGUAAUCUUCAGGCGAACGAUCCUCAUCUUCUCAGCAGAAAGUGUUGAUGGAGAUUUCUUUAUGGAGAAUAAUAAUUUAGUGCGUGUAGACUUUUAAAUCAGGCCAAAUGUCACAGGUUUAGAUUAAUAGGGUGGGUUUAAAGGGAUUGAAGGUUUGUGUGCUCAUCAUGCUUAAACCCAAGAUAAACAACACAUUCUGGUGAGAAACUUUUAGUGCUUUCCAAAAAACAGCACUCAAGUGGAAUAUUUAACUCAUUUUGGAGGACUCGAAUGCAAAUCUUAAAGUGAAAUGUUAAAAUUAAAAGGUCGUAAUUCACACCACAAAUCUUGAAACAAAAAGUGUGAAAUGUAUUAUCCGACCAUGCUGUGACGUAGGUAUGGGUAGGGUUAGGGGCUAAAAAUCUAAUAUAUGUAACCCUGGACCACAAAACCAGUCAUAAGCAUUUUUUUUAUUAAGAUUUAUACAUAAUCUGAAAGCAGAUGUAUAAGGUUUUUCAUUGGUGUAUGGUUUGUAAUGAUAGGACAAUAUUUGGCUGAGAUGCAACUAUUUAACUCAUUCCCUGCCAGCCUUUUUUUAAUAGUUGCCCGCCAGCAUUUUUUGUGAUUUUUAUAAAAGUUUCAGAAAAUGCCUUCCAGAAAAUGUUUCUUUUAAAGAGUAACUAAACCCUAAACCAACUUUUUUUAGUUAAUGAUCUGUAAGAAUGAUGCUUUAUUAGUGAUGUUCAUUGAUUUUAGUAAGUUUUUUGACAUUUGGAUAUAAAGUGUUUCAAUACUACAAUAUAUGGUGUAAAAACGUCUGAGUGCUGCCCCCUUCAGGUUGAACGGUGGCUACUGCAGUUGAAUUUUCCUAUUGGAUGUUGGGUCCAAGAAAUAACUUGUGACGUAAGCAGGUUCAAGCUUACCACGCCCUUGUUACGAUCUCACCACACACUUAGUUCGUCCCCUCUAUCUCCGUUGGGAUCUGCCCACUUUUCUUACAUUUUUCAAAUAUUGCAGUGAGUGGGUGGAGUCAGGCUCUGACCAGGGGUUUAGUUACUCUUUAAAGGUGCAGUUUGUAGAUUUUAGUGGCAUCUAGUGGUGAGGUUGUGUAUUGCACUCCACAUAGAGAAGCUAUGGUAGCCGACAAACAUGUCAUCGUUUGAGACAUCGAAGUGACAAACGCGCUCUAUAGGACAGUUUGUCCAUUUAGGGCUACUGUAGAAAUAUGAGGCACAAAAUGGCGCCCUCCAUGUAAGGGGACCCGCGGUGUGUGUAGAUAAAAACAUCUUAAUUUAAGGUUUAUAAAAACAAUACAGUUUAUAUUAUAAGGUCUUUAUACAACACAGUUAUCUAUAUUAUAUUGUAUUGCUGUCUAAAGAUCCUUCUAAAAUGUACCCACUACACCUUUAAAAAUAUAUAAAAAAAACAAAUAUAUCAAAUGAAUGAACAGACCCUCUGCUUUCAAACAAACAAACAAAACAGGGAAAAAAAGUUUCAUCCUAUCUAUAUUUUUUCUCUGCUUAUAAACUCCUUCACAAAAUGGGUAUGGGUAUUUUUCUUCAAAAAUAAGAUUUUAUUUAGCAAAAAACUUAGAUAAUUGAAUUUUUGUGAAGGAAUUUUGUUAGACCAGAUUCAGAACGAUUACCAAAACAGACACGGUUGUAAAAUUAAUAAAUAAUUUUUUGCUUGAGUUUUUUUUAUAAAUUGGGUACCAUAAUCCCAGUAUUACAUAGAAACCAUAAAAACUCAUCGUUUUUUUUUUCAUGCAAAAGUUUUCCAGUAAUUGACAAAAUAAGUUGUCAAUGGCAGGGAAAGAGUUAAAAAUCUGGAAUCUAAGGAUGCAAAAAAAUCUAAAUAUUGAAUAAAAUCGCUGUAGCAAUGCAUAUAACUAAUGAUAAAUACAUUUUGAUGUAGGUAAGGUAAUUUACAAAAUAUCUUCAUAAUCUUUAGGCUACAUAAUAUACAGAUUUUUGGCAUAAAAAAAUCUACAUAUUUGACCAAUACAAUACAAAUAUACCCAUGCAACUUAUGACUGAUUUAAUGGUCCAGAUUCACAUAUAUUAUAAAUAAUUUCAAUAAAAUGUAAUUGUCAAUGUAAUACAAUAAAAUGUUUUAUACUUGAUAAUAAUAUAAAUUCAUUGACUGAGUCCUUCAAACUGAGGUAAAAUUCAUGAGUAAGUGUUGUUUUGUGCAAUUUUCCUUACGAGACUGUCGUGUUUACGUGACACGCGGCGUUCAGUUGCAAUAACUCUGUCGCUAGUUAGCAGGUAUUUCCAUCCACGUUCACAGUUUGACGUUAUAUCGCUGCAGAAUUAACAAAUGUGUGAUUAUUUAUUGUUUAUUUAAGUUCAAACACAUUGUUUACUUAUGUCAACUCUAUUAAUGUGAGUUAAUUCUACACAACCGUGUCUAUUAUUUAAAAAAACGUACGCAAAGAAAUCGUAAAUCGCAACAAAUCCCCUCCCCGAACCCAUAAGCGUUUAGUUUUAACUAUAUAUGCAUAGUUCCUACUUUAUAAUACUGCAUGAUACAAUAAAAAAGAUGCGCAUGUUUCAGAGAUGAAGCAAAAUAUGUUGUGUAGGUGUUCUUUGUCAUUUUAAUACAGUAAUGAGGACGGAGAUAAGAUACUGUGUAUAUUUUCGAAACAAAUCAAAUAUGUAUUUAUUUUCUGUGAGUGGGUACUGGAGAGAAUAUGAACUACACUAUUCCUCAUUUUCAGAUCCAUGCCUGAUCAUCAUAAGCAAAUAUGUUAAGUGCUUCGUGUGAACUAACGUAGAAUGAAACGUAGCCGCAUGCUUGCCGUCUACUAAUGUUGUUAAGGACAAACUUAAUGUGUAAAUUGAUUUAUUCUUUAUUUUUUAGAGUAAAAUUUCCAUGUCUUUUUGUCGAUAUACAUUUGCGGGAAGUUAAAACUUCCAUAGGGGGCUCCAAGUCCGAAUAUUCCCCGGCAUCAACUUUCGUGUAAUGUUUUGGGCCACACUGAAUCAUUAUGAAAGUGAUUAAGGUUUCAGUUCUUAUCUCUUAUCUAUUAUUUUCGUCUUUUCACUAUCAGUGCCAAUAAGAAUAAGUCACGUUUACUGCCAUUUUACCUGACUUUACGUCAUUCUUACGUGAUUUUUUCGGACCAACUGAUUUCUACCUUGGUGACCAAGUUGCCAAAGCACAAUAGUAUCAAUCACAUGAUAGAAAACUUGGAGUCCCUAUUGUUUUCUAUAAGCUUUUGUUUUUAAAGAAAGUUUUACAUGAUUACAGCGUUUAACUAGCCAAUAAACAGUAAGUUUGUGUGUGUGUGCGAGUGUGAAUAAGAUAAAGCCAUAAGACUUGAGCUAAAUCUUUGGAGCUCAGCUAUGUAGAUGUACUUAAAAUAACUCUAAAAAUGUCUCCUCUUUUCGUAAGUCGAUGUAUAUCUCUUCAACAUUCCAUUAAAGUCUGUGACGCUACUGUAGAAGCCACACAGUUUCUUAAAAAUGUGCUAAUUUUAACAUUAUUGGCAGUUUAACUUCCAAUAGCCAGUCUCUUAUAAUGUGUAUUUUUAUUUAUUUAUUUAUUUUGUUGAGUGUUAUGAUGAUUUCAUUUUCUAUUGGGUUUUGCAAAUGCCUUUAUUUAACACUGUGUGCUAGGGACAUCUGUACUGUAUGAACAUAUAUGUGUGUGUGGUCAAUGUAGUCCUUUCCAUUGUAUGUUUGCACAUGCAUUUUUGGGCAAAGGGCAAUUUUCAAGGGCAGUAUACAGUAAAAGGAUUGGUUAACCAUAGAAAUAUACCAUCAUUUUACUGUAGUACUGAGUAACUUUUUUAUUUAUUAAGUACAAUAAUAGUAAUACAUUAUAAAUAAAUGAACUCGAUUUGUUCAAGAAGACAAACUCUGAUUUGUUGGUUUAACUUAAAAAAGUUAGUCAUUUUUGAGUUGAUUUGACUUAAAAAUAUUAGUUGAGUCAAAAAAGCAUUAUGCCUAAACUAAUAUUUUUGAGUUGAACUAACUCAACAUUUUAAAGAGCACCUAUUUCAUCGCUAAAAACAAUGUUAUUUUAUGUAUUUGGUGUAAUAUAAUGUGUUCGCGUGGUUUAUGGUUAAAACACACAUUAUUUUCCAAAUACCGCACAUUUUUGUAGCUCCAGAUUUCACUCUCUUGAUUGGCCACCUAACCUGUACUUGUGAUUGGCCUGAAUUCCUCUGACGUCAGGAAAUGUGAUGCUUCUUACCAUGUUUGAAAGAUUCGCUCACAAUGCAAUGCUAACAGGAGUUAACUUACAGGCUGUGAGUCCAAAGCGGGAGGAAUUAUGAUAAUGUUGGUCCACCAACCCCAGGAAGUAAACUGUUGCCUACAAUCUAUGUGUUUGUUGUAGUCCAAAAAAAGAGAUUUACGUUGGAGACGAUAACUCACGUCUUCGUUUAGUUUGGGGUUUGUACCUUUUGCAUAUCGUUAACAUGUACUAAUACACACUUACACACAAAAGCAAAUGUAAAUCGUGACUCGGACAAUAGGUGCUCUUUAAGGCAACAGGACACUUACUUUUUAAAAUUUAACCAACAAAUCAUUCUUUACCUUGUAAUAAUUAAAACAAAUGAAAACCUAAAUGAUAGAUGCAUUCAGGACACUUAUUUAUUUAUUUAUUUGAAAGAAAUUAAUCAGAAUUGUGCAUAAAUUAAGCUCGUCCAGCUAAUGUCAUUUAGCAUUAGCCGAGAACGUUUUGGGCUUAAGUGCGUACAGUAUGAUUGUGUGUGAAUUGAAUAAUAAUGCAUAGGCCCUUUAAUAAAGAAUCAUUUAUUGUGAGUUAAUCGAGCACUGCCAUUCUGCCUAUAUGGCAGCGUGCACAAUGAACAUUUAUUUAAAACAUUUCUACCGUAAAUGAGUUGCUUCUCGCAAGCGAAUAAAUGCGAGAAAUACAUGCUUCAAUGGUUUGAAACCUUUGAACGGCAACAGUAAAGAUCUGCUUACAGAAGCAACUCUUGUGUUUUUUGUGAGUGUUUUUUUGUGGUUGUACAGAUGAAUGAGAGAUUCACAGCAGCUGAGAUGUUUUUACAUUUGUGUUAAUUUUGACGAACACUAGCUUUGAGCAAAAGGGCAACCGAUUGCGAAUGCCCUCACAUCUGCUUAUGCAAAAUCACAUCUGGGGGUGAAAGAACGGAAAGCUCGCCAUUGUAUCGGUUUUAUUUUCCCUUGCACUUCUCAUUUGGCUUAUCUGGAGUUAUAAAAGUGAUCUUUUAUCUAUUUGUGCAGUUUUUGUUUUCUAGUCAGUGGGAGACUGUGAGGGUUUGUUUGUAUCUGUUUUAGUGUUGUUGUGUGUGCGCGUUUGCGUUGCGUGUUCACGUCUGUAUCGUCGUGCCUAGUGUGGAUCAAUCGCAUGCUUUAGACCCUGAUGGGACACUUUGACAAAAUGUUGCUCACAGACUCUUCCCAUGACUCCUAAUGGACGGUACAUGAGCAUCAGCAAUCCUUGUAAAGACGUCAAGGGAACCAAAUAGCUCUUCGGAUUUAUCAUGUGUGUUACCAGCUCUGUACUGAAACAAAUGAUAAAAAUAAAGGCCUUUACACUUA